GCCCAUGAGUCGAGGCAACUGGCUUCUCGAUUCUCGCCACCGGCAUCUCGACUCUGCUAGUAGUCGCGUAGAAGACGCAACCAGCCAAGAUUUCAAGGCCCCAGGUCAUUUAUAUCUGCGUAUCUGUCUGGAUAAUCGCCAUCACCACCGGCACGGUCGCCACGGCGCUCGGAGUGAUGGUGCCCGUUGGCAAUAACUGGUAUUCGAUCGCGGCUGAUUGCACCGAUCUGCGUCACGCCCUUACGCACGGCUGUAGGCUGGCUAUUGUCUUCCUAUGCAUACAUAUACUGGUAUUUUCAACGCCACAAUAAGUCAAUGCUUAUUGACGAGUCGGAAAGCGAGGCCGAUAGAGGAUUUGGCUCACAGCUAGACCGGUCAAAUGCCCCGACACUGGAGACUUCACCAUCGUCCACAUUGCCUAAAGUGUCGGGGAGCAAUGGGAUGGGGCAUACAUCCUUUGCUAACGAUGAAAUACGUCAGCGAUCACAGAAGAUGGAACGAGAGCUGCGGCGGAUGCUCAUAUUGAACGGGUAUCCCUUUCUCUAUGUGAUUCCGUGGAUACCUGGCAUCACGAGUCGCUUCCUACAAGCUUCGGGGAAUAACGCCGCUGCGAACAGUCGCCUGCUGAUGGGCCUCCAAACAUCUGCGUAGUUUGUCGGAUUAGCUACCGCAGUGACGUAUGGGUGGAACAAGCAAUGGCAGCGUGGACAAUAAAAUAGAAUCAUGUAUCAAAGACUACCUUUCUAAACACAGAAAAUGGAUUGCGACAACGUAUAACGAGAGUAUGGGUGAUGACAUAAGAGGAAACGCGUAAAGUGUUAAUGGUCUCUAAGACCAGCUCUUCAGAUAUCUUCCGUAUAGUGUUUACAGCGCUGAUUUGGCUCGCGGAUGGUUAAGGAUGAAAGACCAAAAGGAGGAAAUACCGGAUUAUUAGCUCUUUUGAGUUUCAAUAUCCUAACGUGACCAACUAGAAAAGGCCAGCAGUCUAUGAUGAAAACUAAGUCAAGUCAACACACUCCGAAGCUCAAAGAGUUAGUCAAUCACGCAUAUAUCAACCGACAGGAG